AUGGGUAUUGCGUCCAAGAAGUUCCCCCCCCUGCCUGCCCCGACCGAGACCGACAUUAUCACCCCUACCGAAUUAACCACGGCCGACGACAUCGAUCACGAAGACGACGAGCCCGCCGACGAGGCCUCUCAUUUUUCCUUACCUGACGACGGCACUCCCAUCACCAUCAAGACCCGCGGUCACAAGCUUAACCGCUCUCAAACUUCCCUCCUCAUAGAGUACUUCGAAGGCGGCAAAACCAGCCCGUCUGCCUCGGGAGUCGAGCGCAAGCCGAGCGUCCGUGUGCGUCUGACGCCGUCGAAGAAAAACAGAAACAACCACAUUCAAAUUACCGAAACGAAGAGCUCGCGGAAGACAUCUCUGACGCGCCGAGUCCCUUUACCGUCGACAGCUGACUCACACAUCGCUACGGAAACGCUCGACGCUGAAGACAUCGACAGUAUGCAAUCGUAUGCUUCGGCCACGGAAGAGUCGAAUGUGUCGAGAAAUCCUAUCGACAUAGAAAUUGAUAGGAGCGAACGACGACGACGUCCGGCGAGCCCGCUGAUUCCCGCGGCUGACGCCAAGCAGUCCAGCUACAUGACAACUAACAUGUCCGACAUUUCUGCCAUCCCAACGGACAGUUUUCUUGAUGGCUCCGGACCGACCAACCUUACGUACAGAGAAGUCGAGAAGCGACAAAGCAGAAGCCCAUCACGCAGCAGAAUCUCAUCCGCGGGCGGCGCCGGUGCGCUCGUUGGUUCAGCGCUUGCCGACAAAUCAAGGAAUAGUAAGAGCAGGAGCGAGACCCGCGACAGGAUCGUGCUCCCAAAAUCCACCGACAAGGUUCGGGACAAAGACCGUAAACAACGUUCCAGCAAAAGCCGUGCCAGCAGUCUGAGCGAGAAGCAAGUGGAGGGUACUCGCUCACCUCGGCGGCGAUCUAGUCGAAGCCACGGUGAUUCUCUCAUCUCUGCGACAGAGUCAAGCGUCGUGUCUUCGGCCCUGACGCCGAGCCAUCGUUCAACAGACCAGCAAUCCGUCCGUUCAGGUGCUUCCAAGUCCUCGAUCAACAACCCGAAGCUCCUAGAGACGGUAGAGGACGCAAUCCGCAGACUGAUCCUUCCCGAGCUGAGUGCUUUGAAGCGGGAGCAGAGCAAGCGUGAGAGCCGUCGUGGCUCGCUGACUUCAACAGCCACAUCCGUCUCGCGAGAAGACCUUUCGAACGUCGACAGACGAAGGUCUUCCGGACGCAGAGCCGACUCUCGAGCUCGAGAUCGAAGAGACCGAGAGGCUCGCCACGAUUAUGCCGAUAGCCCUUAUGGGAUGGAUGGAGAGUCAGUCGACGAUCUAUCGGUACACGAGUCCGUCGAUGAUCAGUCUCGGGUCACUCACAGCGAUGUCCUCAAAACAGGAGCCAUCGCCGGCACCGCUGCUGCCGGACUUGCUGCCGCCGCCGCUUUGAGCUCGAAAUCUCCCGUGUCUGAUGAUAGGCGGCAGAGAAGGCGCCGGCGGGCUGAUGGUUCGGCCCGCAGUCGCAGCCUGGGCCGAGACAAGUACGCUGAAGAGUAUGAAGAGGAGGAGGCACCAGCACCUCCCAUGCCCCUGAUGAGCGAAAUCAACCCAUCAGAGCUGACCCGCACCUCUAUCUUGUCAGCAGAGACUGAGCACCCUCGCUCCGAGCUCGAAGAAUAUUCAUCAGUCCAAGCGGUGACUCGAGGUGACAUAUCUGCGACGUCCUCUCCAUCGCGAUCUGUUGCUACCCUGCAGCAGACUCUUGGUACAAGACAUGCCAACGUUUCAAGCGGUGACUUGAACGCUAUUCCUCGUCAACGCAUCGACGACUACCACGAGGACUACCAGAGUGAAAGCAACAUGCCUCCAAACCAUUUCCGCGACAACUACAAUGAUGAAGAGUUUGAAACAAGCCGUGCAGGACCACGGCAGCUCGACUACGAGCAGCAUGACGAUGGAGCCGACUAUUACAAUACCCAGGACGUUCCGCCCCCGCUGAAGUACGUUCCGUACCAGCCGGAGCGGCGCGGCCUCAGCCCGAUCUACAGCGUUUCCGGCUACACUGAAGGCGGCAGCGAAGCACCUGGCCAGCGAGAUUCAAGGCUCACUAAUGGCAGCCUGUCUCCUGACAAGUCUCCCCGCCACAGUAACGUUCUCAGUCGAGGCUUCGACGAUCAGUUUGUUGAUGACCGCAGCAUCCGAAGCUCUGGACAGGACUAUCGGAGUACCAUGUACACUGACGAUGGCGAUUACGACCGCGCAGACUCCAGCCAGGCUGUUCAUGACGUUGGUGCGAAGCCCUACAUUCAACAUGCUCCCACCCAGUAUGCUCCGGCUGGUGUUGAGUCCAACGUCGCAUCACUCGUCGAUGGGUCGAUGCUUGAUCAGUCCGUCCUCACUGCUGGCUCUGCCCUCUCCGAAAAUAACGAGUACGGAAAGCGCGACUCGACCAUUUCUUACGACGCUCAGUCAGCCUCACUCGGAGCUGCACGAGGUUACAGCCCAGACAAGCUUUCGGUGAAGAGCCAGCGAGACCUCAUCGAAGAACGCGAGGGCAUCAGGACGCCGACUUCGAGCCGACAUGGCCAUUCCCAAGACUUCGCGGGCGAGUACGACCUAGAUGAGUAUGGCCAUAAGGUGGCCCCCACAAGGUAUCGCAACUCUCCAUCUACGUCGCGUCACUCGCCCACAGCCUCUGAGAAGGCCAUUGCGCUUGGAGCAGUUGGUGCUGCGGCCGCAGCACUGAAAGCGGCCAAAGACCGAUCUAAGCAGCCUACUGUAGAAGAGGUCCACGAAGACUUCGUGCCCGAGGGCAUUUCCAGGAACAAGUCUUUCAAGGAAAGAACAAUGGAUGGGCGCGAGCUCGCCACCACCCCCGCUCACAGCAUCGACAGACUGGAUUAUGACGAUGAGCCCAAGAUGGGUGCUAGUGCCAUGCCCGGACUCCAUGAUCCUAUGCCCGAGGCCGAGUAUGUUGACGAUGAUCUCAUUACCAACCCAUCUCUCGUCCGCGAGGAGCUGAAUCAUACGCCUCGCGCUGAACAGCAGUGGGCUCCCGUCACGACACCUCGCCAAAGUGACGUAGCCGCCUAUGAACAGUAUGACGACGAAACCAAAGGCGAUGGCCCAGGCCUUGGUCUGGCAACAGCCGCCGGCGCUGCUGCGAUUGCAACAGCUGCUGCCAUGGCGCACAAUCGACAAGCCAGCCAAGAACCAGACGAUGAGUGGCAACGCACCUCGACUGACCGGAAAAGAGAUACACUUAUCACAAACCCUUACGAUGGCGCCAGCCCCGUGGUCAACCCUGAUCUACUCAAUGCUCGCGGCCUUGAUCCCGACGGCUUUGGCGCAGGCUAUCAUACCGGGAGCCCCGCGGGACAGAAACAUUUCGACGAAGGCUACAUCUCUCAAGGGCCUAUCCACUCACCCAGCAUUCAACCCAAGGGCAAGGCCAUGAUGAGCUUCUCCGAUGCUGGCGCUGAGGAUCCAUUCUACACCCCAGCCAAGGGACACUCUCGUCACCUUAGUGGUAUGUCUCAAGGCAUGGGCUCACCAAUUUACGAUGCGGCUACAGGAGCAGGAAUCGAGCGCAUCGAGUCAAAGGACAUUAUCGCUCUGAUGCAGCAUCUCAUGGUUCGCGAUGCGCAACGCAGUGCACGCGACACCGAGAUCCUAGUUACACUGGUCAGAUCCGCUGCCGAGAUGAGAAACUCCUUCGAAGAGAUAAAGAAGGUCCUUGCAAACACCGAAGACGUCAUCAUCCAGGAAGUCCAGGAAAACACCGAGAACACGGUUAAGAAUAUCAUCGGCGGCCCCCGACCUUUCCCUGGAAGCGCGCCCCGCUCUGUCAAGGGUUUCAGCGGCGCAUCUCAAGAUGGCACCGUGGAUGAGACGACCAAGAAGAAUAAUCUCUUCCGCAGAGCAUUCCUGAAGAGCUUUGGUGCCAAGGACACCAACGACCUCGGCCGCAUUGAAGACAUGCUGAACCAGUUGCUGGCUGAAGUGGACACCCUGAAGGCUCAGACGGCCCGCCCCAUGGCAUCCAGCGGUCAGGGGCAAUCCUUCGAAAACCUCCGACCUGAAGUCGCGUAUGAGCAGGACCGCGGUUAUGAACCCGAAGGUCACGCUGGUACCUCGACAGCCAGUCAUGCAAGCCAAUCUGGGCAGCUGUCUCUUCCUCAAUCACGUGGUCCUUCAACCAAACUUGGAUACGAGCGUAAGUUCUCGGAUCAUCGUAUCAGCACUGUCCCCGAGGACACCGAGGAGGAUUAUGAGCAAGAGGCAGAUCACAGACGCAACCACCAGGCCAUGCUUAGUCCUCCACACCAAGACGUUCAGCGGGGCGGCUCGGUACCCCUGGCGACGCCCCCCCACCCGGGUUCCAACAUGAUGGCCUCGCUGAGUAACGAGAACACGCCUACAACCACCAAGGGCAAAAAGCACAAGUCUCGAGGCUCCUCCGGUUGGUUUCCCAAGAUCUCGCGCUGGUCCGAGUCCACUGCGACAAGCGUGAGCAAGGCUUUCCGCGGGAGUGGCAUGUCCAGCAAACGUGGGAACGACGACGAAUACAGCCAACGACCGCCAUCCCGUUCAGGUUCUGACCUGGGUCAAUAUGACGAUAGACGUCCGUUUGAGGAGGACCGUUACGACGAGGAACAGCUGCACAGCGGCUUCUCGCAGACCAAUCUGCCCCAGUCAGUCAGCAUGCCGCUCGAUAACAGGGCCCCUCCGCCUGCAACAUACAUGACGCCGGAGGACCCCAAAUACAAGGCACACCGUAACUCACUCAACCUGCAACACCCGCAGCCCAGACAAGGCCAGACUGAGCGAUUCCAGGCAGCCCUGGAGUCCCAGGCACACCAGUACGACACCCCAAUGUCCCCCAGAUCAACCGAUUGGCACGGCUCCGUGACGAGCCUGAACCGCUUCCCGCCCCAAACCAGCAACCGUUAUAGUGGUGGUUCCGCCGCCACGGGGGCUACCGGGGCUGCCGGUGCUGCCAAUACCGCCAGUGGUGAAUACUGGGGUUCUUCCCCAACCGGCCCCCCUCGUCCGCCCAAGGAGCCGAUGGACGACGACGGCAGCCGGACCCCGACCAGAACCGAUAGGGUUUCCAGGCUAUCGAAGAACAGUCCUCAGCCAUAUAACAGCGUUGAAAGCGGCUACGGUACAGGCGCCGGCACUCAUGCCAGUGGUUACAGCCCGAGACUCGAGAACCGCAACCUCAACGCGGCCCUGGGGGUGCCUACCAGGCGGCCAAGUGGGCCUCGAGCCAUGACGCCUAAGAGCGCAGAGGAGGAGGAAGCUCGCGAGGAGCGGCGUCGCAAGAGGGCCACCUUUGGCACAGUCGCAAGCGAUGAGACAGACACCUUUUAG